AUGGACAUCUCGGUGCUGCCCAACAACAACCACCCGGAGAAGUUCCUGCAGCUGGACGUGGGGACGCUGGCGGCGAGGGACGUGUUCCAGCUGCGAGCCGCCGUGUCCUCGUCCCAGAGACAGUGGCAGAACAGGGUCUACCUCCAGAGGGAGCGAAGCGCCAGGACGGACAGCCGGUCCGGUCUGUCCCCCGAGGACAGUCCUGUGGCGUUCGUGGACCGGUACCUGGAAAAGCACAUCACUCCCGUCACGCUGAAGUCCAACAUUAAGAGGAACCCUCUGUACAUGGACGCCAAGCCGUUGGACGACCCGGACGGCGACAAGUCCAAACCUUCGUGGACGGUGAAGGAGUACGACACCCAGACCCUCAACGGAGGCCUGGCCCAUUGUCUCCAGAAGACGCCCAGAGAUCUGGACUUCUGGCUGGAGGACCUCUACACUCCGGGAUUCGACUCGUUACUGAGGAGAGAGAUGGCCGAGCAGAGGAGGAAGAGGCUGUGCAGAGUGGUGUCUUCAGUCGUGCUGUCCCUGCUUUGUGCAGUCAUUCUCAUUGUUGUGCCAAUCCUGGUUUUACACAAGGAGAGCUGA